CCACCAGCCACGAGCAACAACUUGAUGAAGCGAUGUGAUAGAAUGACGGAUGCUUGACCUUUCGCAUCCUGAAGCCAUGUUGCUGUCACAGCUCUCCAUGGGUGCGCAGGACCCGGUGAGGCUGACAUGACUGGUCUCCUGUGUCGGUCGCUCGAUGGAGCACGCCUUCGAUUGCACCAUCGCCAUUCCACUCGCCUCGUCCCCUUCAUUUCAUCAUGGCUCCAGAACCGCCUCGAUGGGAGAAAUUCUCUCUCUCAUCGCGCCAUCGUUCCUCUUCUUCCAUCUAGAUUCUCUGCUCCAUCCAGAUCUCGCUCGUUAAGCUUGCAGUUCGGGCGCGGAGCUAGAAUUGGCAAGUGAUUGUCGUCCGGCUGGCUAUCCACAUACUCUGCUGCUUCUACGACGACAUCAUUUCUUUUUCCCGGGGGAUGCUACAACACUAAUACUACGGACCCUGCUUGAUCCCAGCACACGACACUCGACGGGAAUCUCGAGGAUCUUAUAUCUUUCCUUCUUCCCUCCUCCUGCCCUCCUCGCCGCAUUCUCCCUGAGAUCACAACAGCGACCCGUUGACCAGGUUCGCUACGUCGAAAUCUGUGCUGUUCACCAGCCUUACCUCUCUCCUCCGAGGUCCUUGUCAGCAUAAGCGAGACUUUGCAGACUGUGGCCGUCACUAGGCAGUGCUUCUGCAAGCCAAGUUCACCCUAACAUCCCUGCUUGUCCUUCCUCAGCCCUUGGCAGGACAGUUGCUGAAGCCACGCGCCUCGAGCAACCGAGUCUUAAGUCGCCCCCAAUCCGCCAAAGCCACCUGAUCCAACAGUCGACCUCUCCGACGGAUCCCUCGUCUGCGCUGUCUCUUGGUCUUGAUCACGUACCCGUCUGCGUCGCCUGAGUUUACACGCUCCUCCUCUUCUACCUUUUUUGACAGUCCCCUGACCACGACGUGCUGUCCAAGCACCUCUUGGGGAUACGGCCAGACGCAAGAUGGCGCCCUCCAAAUCCCAGAUAGGCCGAGGGGUGGCCAAGGUUCUUCGGAUCAAUCUCGACGAGCGACAGGCACAGAAGGAUGCUGUCACACGAGGCGAAUCAACUUAUUCAGUCAGUACCGCUGAUACGUAUGUGGAGGAUGAACCGAGUACUCUCGACUGGAUCAAAGAGGUUAUUCCCACAGGGUCGGAAUUGCGCACGUAUGUCCGCAACCUUUUCCCAUUCACUCGAUGGAUUCUGCGGUAUAACGCUCAAUGGUUGAUGGGUGACCUUGUUGCUGGUAUUACCGUCGGUUGCGUUGUCGUGCCGCAGAGCAUGGCCUAUGCCAAACUCGCAGAGCUCUCUCCCGAGUAUGGCCUUUACUCUUCUUUCAUGGGUGUCCUGAUCUACUGGUUCUUCGCCACCUCCAAAGAUAUCACCAUUGGCCCUGUCGCUGUCAUGUCCACCAUUGUCGGUAAUGUCGUCAACAAGGUCGCUGAUGAGCAUCCCGAGGUGCCUGGUCAUGUUGUUGCGUCUGCGUUGGCAAUCAUCGCAGGUGCCAUUGUCUGUUUCAUCGGGCUUAUUCGGUGCGGCUGGAUCGUCGACUUUAUUCCAUUGACUGCCAUCUCGGCGUUCAUGACUGGUUCUGCUAUCAACAUUGCCGCGGGUCAAGUUCCAACAAUGAUGGGGAUCAAGGUCAAGGGCUUCAACACUCGCGAUUCUACCUAUAUGGUCAUUAUCAACACGUUGAAGUACCUUGGUCAUACCAAGAUCGAUGCUGCCAUGGGCUUGACCGCGCUUUUCCUACUCUAUGCCAUCCGUAUUACCUGCACGGUGCUGGCAAAGAGGCAUCCCAACCGGGCCAAGACGUACUUUUUCAUUUCGACUCUGCGCACGGCCUUUGUCAUCCUGCUGUACACCCUCAUCAGCUGGCUCGUCAACAGACAUCAUCGGAGCAACCACGUUUUCCAGAUUUUGGGAAAGGUGCCCCGUGGAUUCAAACAUGCUGCAGUGCCCAAGGUCAACACCGAGAUCAUCAGUUACUUUGCGAGCGAACUUCCUGCGUCCGUCAUUGUCCUCCUCAUUGAGCACAUUGCGAUUUCCAAGUCCUUUGGUCGGGUCAACAACUACACGAUCGAUCCGUCGCAGGAACUUGUUGCUAUCGGUGUUACUAACCUGCUCGGACCUUUCCUUGGAGCUUACCCUGCCACUGGCUCAUUCUCGAGAACUGCAAUCAAAUCCAAGGCAGGCGUGCGAACCCCUUUUGCUGGUGUCAUUACCGCGGUUGUUGUCCUUUUGGCCAUUUACGCCCUGCCGGCCGUCUUUUACUACAUUCCAAACGCUUCGCUGGCUGGUGUCAUCAUUCACGCGGUCGGUGACUUGAUCACACCCCCCAAUACCGUCUACCAGUUCUGGCGAGUUUCACCCCUUGAGGUUUUUAUAUUCUUUGCAGGUGUAUUUGUGACCAUCUUCUCCACAAUCGAGAAUGGCAUCUAUACCACCAUUUGUGUGAGUGCGGCUGUAUUGCUCUACCGGGUCGUCAAAGCCAAGGGACACUUUGUGGGCAAAGUCCAGAUCCAUUCGGUUAUCGGCGACCACCUGCUUGAAGACAAAUUCCACGACCAUCCCGAGUCACCCGAUGACGGAUCUGCUGUCCGAGAUAUCUUCCUGCCUUUGGACCACAAUGAUGGAACCAAUCCACAGGUCAAGGUGGAGUCGCCUUACCCUGGUAUCUUUAUUUACCGGUUCAGUGAAGGCUUCAACUACCCAAAUGCCAACCACUAUACCGACUACCUCGUCAAGUAUAUUUUCGAUCAUACAAGAAGAACCAACCCGGACUCGUGGCCACGCCCUGGUGACCGACCAUGGAACAACCCAGGCCCUCGUAGGGGCAAAUCGGAACCUGACCGUUCUCAUCUGCCUACUCUCAAAGCCAUCAUUCUCGACUUGUCCUCGGUCAACAAUGUCGAUGUCACCAGUGUACAGAAUCUGAUCGAUGUACGCAACCAGCUGGAUCGCUAUGCUGCUCCUGAUGUCGUGCAAUGGCAUCUUGCCUGCAUCAACAACAGGUGGACUAAGCGUGCCCUUGCUUCGGCCGGGUUUGGCUACCCAACAGCUCAGAGCGAAGAAUGGCACCGUUGGAAACCAAUCUUCAGCGUGGCUGAGAUUGGCGGUUCCAAUUCGGCCGCCGCCGCAGUUGAACAGGAGACCAAUAGAAGACUGUCGAGACACGUCCCUGGAGAUGAGGAACACGGAGGUCACAGGAGGAGGAGCAGCGUACCUGACGAAGGACUUCAGUCACAAGAGAAGUACAAGGAUGAUUCGGCGGCCUCAAGUUCCAGCAAUGGUCAUGAUCUGCACCGCGAGAUCAGCAAUAGCAAGGCUUACAACCGGAAUCAAAGCAGGAAGGUUGUGGUUCACGGCUUGAACCGGCCCUUUUUCCAUCUCGACCUGACCAGCGCAUUGCAGUCUGCUAUUGCCAAUGUUGAGCAUCAGGAACGUCUCAAGAGAGAACAGGCCGGCCAAGGUGGGGGCGAUUAUCCUAUCAGCAAGGAUCUGUAAGUGAGCGGUUCAUGAACUGCCUUACACUCAUCGCCCGACAAUCUUGGUGGACCUUGUUAUCUGCAAGGCAGCACGCAGCACCGGUAUGAUUUAUGACAAAGUUAGAAGUUGAAUUGGCACAUGUGAUGGAUCUAUUUUUGCGGUUUGUUUGAGAGGAUGAGAGAAUAUAUGUUAUUGUUGUGCCAUCGUUUUGGAAGAGUGAUUGGAAAUACUACGAACUUUCAACUUUCGAGAGAGCUUGGCAGAAGAUAUUGAAUGCACUGUCUUUAAUCAGACUUGGAUACGCAAUACAACAUGCGACAUGCAGCUACCUAGGUUUAUAUGUAUGUGUCGGAAUGAUUUUGAACCUC